GUAAACAUGGCGACCAUGCAUUCGCAUCCGAGUGUUUUAGUUUGGGUUCCCGAAUUAUUGACAGCAGUUUUUUCUCCAGUUUAUAUUCCAAAUCUAAAGUGAAGGCAUAGAAUUGAGAUUAUAGAAAGAUGGAGUUCUCUUUCAACGUCAAUCAGCUUCUCAAACAAGAAAUUACAAAGGUCGAUAGCCAGCUGCAACCUUGCAGACAAAAUGGAAUUGAUAGGUAUGGCUUUCAGCAGCUGCAACGUAUGCUGUAUGAAAUUGUGGACCGAAUGGGUGAAGCUUCUGCCAAGGCCCAAGGACUCCGUGGAAGCAUCACAACUGGCAAAAAACUGGAACUUGCUGGACACAGGCUUUACAUCAUGAAAGACAGUAACAGUAAUGGAGAAAAAGGAGCAGUGGUUGGCAUUUUGAAAGUGGGAACCAAGAAGCUGUUUGUGUACGACCACAGCAAAGUGCAGCAUGAGCUAGAGCCAUUGUGUGUCCUUGACUUCUAUGUCCACGAGUCGAGGCAGAGAAUGGGAUGUGGAAGGAAGCUCUUUGAUCAUAUGCUUCGGAAUGAGGGCCUCUCAGCACAACAUUUGCCGAUUGAUCGGCCAUCUCCCAAAUUUUCUUCUUUUCUAAAGAAACAUUACAACCUAAGAGGCACAAUCCCACAAGUGAACAAUUUUGUUAUAUUCGAAGGAUUUUUUAGUAGAAGACCAGCCGAUGCAGGAAGCAACAGAGGGAGAAGAAGGAACAGUGUGGAUGGCCGACCUCCGAUGAGACCAAACUCAGGUCACAAUAUAUAUGCAAGCAAUAACAACCCAGCAGCAAAUGGAUAUCCCCAGAGCUGGACAAACCAAAGAAACCAUUCUGGCAGCAAUGUGAAUGAGGAUGCCCUGAACCAGUUAAAUGUGCCAGUGAGCGGCCGGCCGCAGCAAACUGCGAACAACAUGGGAGCCAGCGAGAUGAUGUACAGCCGCCACGGGCCCUCCCCUCCCAACAUGUAUAACAACAACAGCAGCAACAACAGCGCCGGAGCCGCCCUCCAGAACUUGCGGCAAGGCCCAAGGUCAGCCUCCCCUCACAACGGCAGCGUGUACAAGAACCGGAACGGACUUUCUCCCACUCCCAACGUGGGCAUGUACAAAAACCUGAACGGCCUGUCUUCCCCUCACAUGUACUACAACACAGGCAUGAACCCCAACAAGUUCUACGGCCAGCCCGACGGUCUUCCACCGAAACACCCUUCUCAACGCCCGAACCAGUUCCCGGAAAAUCCCUCCGCGCCUCAGAGGGGGCCCUCCAGCACCCCGAACUUCGGGAAUCGAUCGAUGGGGGUCGAUGGCGGCGGCAGCGGUGGCGGUGGUGGUGGUAUGAACAAUAUAGCACAACCAGCGAGCAGGAGGACGCCACCUGUCAUGUUAGAUCCUCGCUAUCCGCAGUCGCCGGGUACGGCGCAGCAUUUUCCGGAUAUUUCCCACCAGACGCAGACACCAGCGAGUGGUGGCGGUGUCGCUCACAGACCUCCCAGCGGGGACAGGGGGCGCCUAAACAAUCAGGCUGUGGCAAACCCUCCCAUCCUCCAUAGGGACGGGCCCCCCAGGAACUACCAGAACAUGCUCAACAUGCACCAGACCUUUCAGGACAGGGGAGGUCAUCUCAAAGUGCCGCAAGGCCCGCCGGCUGUAGCUGUACCGGGGGUCUCGAUGCAGCCAUCAGGGCCGCCAUUGUUCGGCAGUCAGUCGUCCCGGGACAACACGUGGACGGUGUCGGGUGUGCUGCGGGCGCAGCGGAUGAACGGAGGACUGUCCUCCCAGCACUACAACUCCAGCCGGCUCUGGUGACACCCGCGGAGCGCCUGUUUCCUGUUAGGCGCGCCGGCGAAAUGAGUCACGUACUUCUCCGAUUUUUUGCCCUUUAGGAAUUGUUUUCAAAUCCCUUUAGCUGCGAGCAUUUCGCUCUUGGCAGCGCAAUGCCUCCCUGUUGCUAAAGGUUAAAAUAUUGAGAAUUCCUCGCCUCUACACAAUUUUACCCAUGUCAUGUACAUGGUUUCCACAGAAUGUCACCUCUGAUACUUGGAGGGUUUUUAACGCACAAAACUUACUACUUUUAUUAGAUUUGUAAUGGUUUGUAAAGGAAAAGAAUUCAUAAAUAAAUGUAUUUAAAUAUUGCUGAAUGUUAGUGCAGCACACUUUACCAUACCAUUUCUGCUCAGAAUUUUGACAAACUUGAUCGAAUAAGAUGACAAUGUUCUGACGAGUUUGAAGUGUUUAUGAUCAUCUGUAGUACAUUGAUUAUAUAAUAUAAAGUAAAGAAGGUAUUAAAAGGUAUAAUUCCCU